ACCCCACUUGACUAAAAGACUAAAGACUGAACCAAAUAUUAUUAUUAUUAUAAACCAUCAUAUCCUUCGAUCAACACAAAAAUACCUUUUGCCUUUUUGAUUGAUUUUUUUUCUUCCUCAAUCAUCAUGGAAACCCAUCUACAACAGGUGAAGAACAGUCCCAAAACUUUUCCUGAAAAGCAAAACCCUAACCAAGAAGCUUUACAAUCAUCACCUUCACCAAUAUCAUCCACUUGUUCUUCUCCUUCUCAUGACUUCUCUUUCACCAUCUCUCUCCAACCUAACGACUUAUCUUCUUCCUCAAAACUCAUAAGCUCUAGUCUCAGAAAUCCCACCAAAACGAAGUCGUCUUAUCAACAAACCGAUCCAUUCGCCGUUGACUUGUCUCCUGCAGAUGAAAUCUUCUUCCACGGCCAUCUUGUCCCUCUUCAUCUCCUCUCUCGCCUCCCUGUCUCUCCUCGAACUUCCACUAGUUCGUAUAAUGACGGAUUUGCCCUCCCCGUGAAAGAUGUAUUACCUGACCAGCCCACUCCUCUCCCCACCACAAACAACAACAACAACAGUACGGAGGCCAAUAACACCAACCCGAGCGAUAAAGCAGAGAGGCUCGACGGUGAGAAUCAAGUUAAAGCUAAAACAAUAAAGUCAUUUUCUCUCUUUGGUUUAUCGAAAUUGAGAAAAGGGUUUGAAGGCAACGAGCGAGAACAAGAGAAACAACAGCAGCCGCAGCUGCAGAAGAAGAAACUUAAGAGUUUAGACCUAAGUCAUGCAGUCAAGAAGUACAUAAAGAUGUUGUUUCAGAAGAGAGGAAACGGCACGCAGUUCAGGAACAGAAGACAGACUUCUUCGUAUUCCUUCUCUUCCUCUUUAAUAGGUUCAAAAGGAAACAGCAAAACAUUGAUUAAUGGAUCGAGAGAUCUUAUGAAAGCCCGGAGAGGUGACUUAUUCUCGGCUCCGGCGUCCAUGAGAACAUCUCCGACGAAUAGUGGCCACUUACGUGUCUCCACGGCGGGACUUUCGUCGAGCUCGGCCUCUACGUCAUCGUCAAGUGAUAGCACCAUGGAAGAGUUGCAGGCCGCUAUUCAGGCGGCCAUUGCUCAUUGCAAGAACUCAAGCGCCGUUGAUCGUGAUGAUAAGGUUAAGGAUUCUUGAUUUGGUUUUUACUUUUUGUCCUGAAUAUGAUGUUCGUUCUUGCCAGAAGAAAACAAAUUGUUAGUGUGUGACGUGGAAUUAAAAUUCACAGUAGAGUGGUCAUUGUAGUAUUUUUUCCGUGUAUAGUAAAAGGAGUUACUAUUCCUACA